CCCAGCUCAUUUGCUGGAGUUUUAUUGCUGGAAAUGACCGACAGCUCUGGGAGGGGAAGGGGGGUCACCUCAUCCCCUCACUCGCCCCGCCAAUGACCAGUGACUCUAACCCCCAGGAGCCACCCAUGAAGCAUCACUUCACUUUGCAGAACAACAGUUGACGAUCCAAAAAAAUCAGUUCGCAGCUGCCUUUAGCCAUGAGCUGUUUGGAUGUUAUGUACCAAGUCUAUGGUCCUCCCCAGCCUUACUUUGCAGCAGCCUAUAGUCCUUAUCACCAGAAACUAGCCUUUUACUCGAAAAUGCAGGAAGCCCCCGAAAGCGCCAGCAGUGCCAGCACCAGCAGCGGCAGCAGCUCCUUCUCCAGCCAUGCCCCUGCCAGCAUCAAGGAGGAAGACUGCAGCCCCGAGAAGGAGCGCCCCCCCGAGGCCGAGUAUAUCAACUCCCGGUGCGUCUUGUUUACCUACUUCCAAGGGGACAUCAGCUCCGUGGUAGAUGAGCACUUCAGCCGGGCCCUGAGCCAGCCCAGCAGCUAUUCGCCCAGCAGUGCCAGCGCCAAGACGUCACGGAGCACCAGCUCUUGGAGGGACGGCUCCUUCCCGAUGAGCCAGCGCAGCUUCCCCGCUUCCUUCUGGAACAGCGCUUACCAGCCCUCCUCGGUCCCGGCCUCCCUGAGCAGCAGCCUGGGCAGCCCCCUGGCCGCCGCCGCCCACAGCGAGCUGCCCUUCGCCGCGGCCGACCCCUACUCGCCGGCCGCGCUGCACGGCCACCUGCACCAGGGCGGGCCGGAGCCCUGGCACCACCCGCACCCGCACCCCUACCUGGGCGCGCAGGGCUCCGCCUACCCCCGCCCCGCCGCCAUGCACGAGGUCUACGGCGCCCACUUCGACCCCCGCUACAGCUCGCUGCUGGUGCCCGCCGCCUCGGUCCGCCCGCACCGCCUGCCGCCCGCCGCCGCCGCGCCCGCGCCCGGCAGCCCCCAGUGCGAGCUGGGCAAGAGCGAGCCCGCCAGCGCGGCCUGGGCGGCGCCGGGCCCUUUCCCCAGCCCGGCGGGGGACAUGGCCCAGGGCCUGGGCCUCAAUGUGGACGCAGCUCGCCGUUAUUCCUUCUGUGGUGGAUCUCUCCUGAGCUGAUCUGCUGACUCAAAGACCCCCCGAGUCCCCUUCCUCUCUUCCUUCAGACAAGCCCACCACGGCUCAGCAUCUAUGCCAGGCAUUUCAAGGACAAGAACACGGGGAAGGCAAUGGGACUUCAUACUACUUGGCAUUUCAAAUACAAUACUUAAGACAUAUUGUGGAGGAUAAAAUUCCUUCUGUUGAAAGAGGAGAGCCAAAGACACUUUUAUUUAAACUAACUCCACACCCAGAACUGUGGUCAGACUGCUUUAAAAAAGUUAAAUUAUGUGGACAGUGAUGUGAAAUCACUGGCCUUCUUAAGGAAGGAGGAGGGAAAGUUGUUGGUUUUCUUUGGUGGUGGUGUGAAUAUUUUUUAUGCCAAUGAGAAUUAUUUCUUGAAAGCAGGUUGGGGAGAUACUCAGUGAUUUUGAACUGGAUUUGUACUUUACAUUAUAGAAAACUGAAAGGAAAGGACAUUUUAACUCAUGAACACUUUUGGACCGUUAACAAAAUUGGACAGAUCUUUCAGCCUGGGGUUGAGUGGCAAGUGGCUAGCUUGGGCCACCUGCCCUCGGCUUACAGAAAUGCAGCUGUUCCAGGAACAACUGUUCAAACUCCAGAAACUUGACAACCAAGGUGGCACUUCUCAGAGUUUGGCACAACAAUUGCAUUGGAGAUAGAUAUAUAUAUAUAUAUAAUUUUUUUUUACAAGGAAUGUUUUAUGAUGAAAGAAGAAACCCUUAAAAAAAUAAAAUCUGACAGCCUUCAUGGGGAACAACUGGAGCACACCAGAAGGAAAGGCACAUUGUGAACAAUUGAUAUUUACUGCCUCUAAUAUUUCUCUUUGUCUGUGUGUUGCUGUCAUUCUGUCACUUUAAUAGUAAUUUUUUGAGGGUGGGAAUAAGGGAUGUUUUUAAAUGUAGAAAAGCUAUAUUAAAGAUGUCUCCUUUCACCCAGCAUGUGUGUUUGUGAAGGAUUAAAGCUAAACAAAUAGGGUGAUGUCACAAAGUGGAAACUUUAGGGUGAAACGGGGAAAAAACACCUGUAACGUGGACAAAGCGAACCAUUUUAGUUACUUUGUAUUAAAGCUCAACAGAAAUCUUGAUGGUGCAAAAUAUCUUCUUACAUGAGUUUUAAAAGGAAGUGUGACAAAUACAGAGGAUAAGGGCAUACAAUAGUGCUUAGCCACUAUAUGUUACAGGUUACAGUCUCCUUGUAUGAUGAACUAAUAUAAAAUAAGCAAGGUGUCAUUCUGCAACAAAAUGUCCCCCUUCAAAAAGUUCAGAAAAGAGAGGAUUGUAAAACCCAGCAGUUCCUAUUAGUUUUGUAAUUCAAAACGCUUAUACAGUCACAUCAGUGUCAACUAAAACUUCCUCAUGCUGGAUCAGGGACACUGAGAAUUGGAUCAUGCUUCUUCUGGAUUUCCCUUCAACACUGGCUAUAAGGUAGCUAGAUUUAUGGAGGAGCAUGGGAAUCUUAGUAAUGAGAAUUAAGGAAAGCACUGUAUAUAACCACUGGCUGAAAAUUGAUUUGAGAAACACUUUAUUUAAGGACCAUCUUCACUUAGUGCUUUGCAGAAGAUGGUGCACUGUGAUUAUUUUAACCCAGGGCACCCACAAGAAUUUUCCUCUUAGUCUACAGUAAACCAGGACCCAGACAGGCUGCAGAAAGGCAGACUGUGGAAUUUAUUUA